GAGAGGUGAGUUUAGUGAGAGAGUUUGGUGAGAAUUUUUGUUCUGUUUUGAGAGAAGAAAACAGGGUUUGUAACUCAGGUGUUUGUGAGCUUGUCUCUGGUGCAAUCUCUCUCUUUUGUAACACUCAGAUUGAAUAAAGUAUAUCAGCCAUUUCUUGGCUGUUCAGACCCUUGGAGUAGGUUCAUGAGAAUGAACCGAACCAAGUAAACUCUUGCUGUUAUCUUGUUUUUAUUAUCUUGCUUAUUACUGAUUCUUUUGUUUAGUUCUUGUUUGUUUGUUUGUUGUUUCACAACACAUAGAUAUAUAUAUAUAUAUAUAUAUAUAUAUUAAUGUAUAGCUUUCGUCACCCUAAUUAAGCAUAAAUUCAAAGCUUUAUUCUUUUCCGACCGAGGGUACCAAUGGCGGGCACUCACUAUUCCGCCGCCUUCUCCUUUCUAACACCUAAUAUUACCACAAAUAGCAGACCACGCAAAUUGCCCCUCUUAGCUUAUACACCAACUCCAUCAAAACCCGUGAAGUAUACAAGGCGAAGAAACUCUUUACGACCCAAAAUCCUCAAAAUACCACCUACUCAUCCUUCGCUUCCUCAAAAACCUCCAGAAAACCCCGUCGUUCCCAUUACACUCCCCGAAACCCUGAAUGAGGAGCUUCCGGUCGCCGCAGAAGACGACAAAGUGGAGGAGCUUCCGGUCGCCGCAGAAGACGACAAAGUGGAGGAGCUUCCGGUCGCCGCAGAGGACGACAAAGUGGAGGAGCUUCAGUCGUCUGAGACCACCGGAAGUUCUAAUGGUAGUGUUGGCAAACUUUCUGAUAGGUAUUUUUUGAAGUUUGGUGUAUAUGUGUGUAGUGCUUUUGUGCUUCAGACUAUAUAUGCUGUUUGGGUUUUGGCUAAUCAGAAAGAUGGAGACUUGGAUAGUUCAUAUUCGGAUGAGAGCAGGGUUUCGUUGAGUAGAGGUGAGAAAGCUUUGAGUUUGAAUUCAUUGUCUGAGAGCAGCAAUCUGGUUUCUUUGGAAGAAGUUCGAUUGGAUGAGAAAAUUGAAGAAAUUAGAACAAUGGCGAAGCAAGCCCGGAAAGUUGAGAGAAAUGAGAAAAAUGGGCAUAAGAAAAGUUCAGGGUCUAAGAAGAAUGGUUUUGGUGAAAAAUUAAGCACUAAGAGUAUGGUUGGGAUUGAGAAAGAGAUCGAAACGCGAUUGCGGAAGUUGGAGAAUAGUUUAAAUUCUGAUAAGGAGAAGUUUACAGGAGCAUAUGCAAAUUUUUUAAUCAAUGCUGAGAAGAAAGUAGAAGAUGGAUUGAGAAAGACUAAUUUGGAUGAGAGAAAGGAAAAUGAGAAUCAGAUGUAUAAGAAGAAACUUAUAUUUAAAAGUCCUUCGAUUGAUACAAGAAAGAAUCCAAAGGGGUUUGGCGAUUCCCAAAAGAAUAAAGUGUCAAAGGGGAAAAAGGAUGGUCUCAGUGACAAAAUAAUAGUAGAAAAUGGAAGUGUUCGAAAUGAAGAAUCAGAAUCACAGGUAGAAGAAAAGGAUUUGACAAAAAAUGUUGGGAGCAAUUCAGAGAAAGGGAUUAGUGGAGGAAGUGGUGAAAAGAAAGCAAGUAAAAGAGAAAGACCAAUAAAUGGUGUUUUUCAGGAGGGUAGACGUGAGGAGACUUCAGCUGAAAUAGCCAAAUCAAGGAAGUCAGGGAUGGGAAGUGAUGAAACUUUCGUGAAAGAGAACUGUGAAACCGUAGAAGGAUGCGAUGAUGAUGAUCUUGUCUCAAGUAGAAAUGGUAGUUCAAAACGCAAAUUAACUGGAAAGAAACGAGUAUCCAUUAAAGUUCCACACCCGCAAUCAAAUAGUGAGACUGAUAUGUGGUGGUUGGGUCUUCCUUAUGUUCUAGUUGUUCUUAUGCACCGAGGUUCUGAUCCUGAAGGACCAGAAGGACUUUACACCUUAAAGUCUGGUCUUGAAGCCCAAAACCCAAAUGAUUAUUCAUAUACUGUUGCCUUUGAGGACCGCGGUGAUGCCAAUAACUUCUGUUAUCUGUUGGAAUCUUUUUUUGAAGAUCUGGGUGAUGUCAGAGCUGAUAUUGUUCCUUUGUCAAUAAAAGAACUCCAAGCAGCAAUAAACUCGAACAAAUUGAAGGUAAUUGUUGUAAAGAAAGGUCAGCUUCAACUAUAUGCUGGGCAACCAUUUGCUGAGGUUGAGAUGGCUUUGCGCUCUUUGGUUAAAUAAACUAAAACUGUUGCUUCAUAGAGGACUGUGGAGGGACUAGAUUUUUUUUUAUUGUCAGUCCUUCAACCAUAAUGUGUGUGGGGCCCUUUUGCCUUUUGAUUUUGAUCUUGUUGAAUCGGCUCUUUGCUCUAUAUCACUUAGUGUGUUGGUCUCUACUUAAUUUUUCCCAUAUAGACUACACAUGAUGAAGUGUUGAGUGGCAGUGAAGAAAAUGUUUGUACUUUUUUCACAAUUUCCAGUUGCAAUAUACGCCAUGUUAUCUUCCCUA